AUGUAUGCUCCUGACCAUCCUAGAAGGAAAGAAGUUAAAGAUGCUAUGUAUCGAAGUAACUCAAGUCUCGACUUGAUAUACGCUGAACAUCCUUCGGGAAACGGGCUCCGACGUGAGUACGGCAGCCAUGGCUCUAUUGAUGUGAUAGGUGGCGCAAACGAACGAUAUAUUCCCACUAUGGUGCAUAAUUACAGCGUAGUAUCAAGUGGUGAUAAACCUUCUAGUGUAUCUAGACUCACAGACAGGUUCUCAGAAAUAUUAACCACUGAUCAUGCUGAUGGCCCAACUCCAAGAGCCAGUGUAAGCCCCAAACCUCGGCUGAAGCUUAAUAAGCUUUGGGGUGGAAAUACACCCAUAGCAACCCGCCAGUGUAAUGAUGAUACUUCAAUGUCAAAUAUUGCUGAAGCCACAAAACGAAAACAAUUUGCACAUUAUGACUGCCAGUCACUUAUGGCCAACUUAAGUUAUGCUGCAGAAAUACGAGGUGCCUUAUUAAGUCGGCGCCGCAAUACAACAACUGGGGCUUCAGCUGCAUCUCUAUUAGCCACACGUGGCCUACCUCCUGGUGAAGAUACAGUUCCAGAUACAGGAGAUGGCCGCUUUAAUGAGAUGAUUGAAAGUUGUCCUUUCUUCAGGAAUGAACUAGGAGGGGAAGAAGAAAGGUGUGUAUCAUUGUGCCACCGAACUGCUAGAGGUGGUAUACCAGGUCAGUUUGGAGGAUGGCAUCGUCCUAAAGCUUCCUAUGGCUUCUCAGUAUUGGAGUUUCCUCCUGGCCACACCCAUUGGCGUCAAGGUUGCCCUUUCGCUAAAUCAGUAUCACCACUUCCUGUUGAAAGUCAAGAUCUUGGAGCACUUUAUUUUCGAAAUUAUUUCUACACUCAACCUCAUCAGAAUUGGUUUGGUAUGGAUGAGAAUCUUGGUCCUAUUGCGAUAUCAAUCAAAAAGGAAAGGGUAGAACUACGCCGUGGUGGCGGUGAUGCAUCAGCACCGGCGUCUCAGCUCGCUUGGCAAUACCGACUUAUUAUACGUACUUCUGAACUUCUAACGUUAAGGGGAUCCAUACUAGAGGAUGCCUUGCCUACAGUCAAACCCAGUAAUAAUAGUGCCACUUAUAAUACUAAGGAAGUUUUGGAAUAUAUUGCUCCGGAGCUUCAACUUAAUUCUUUAAGACUUGGACUAACGAACACAGCAACAGAGGAACAGCUCCUCCGUUUAGACGAACAACGGGUCACAAGACACUAUAAAGUCGGUGUUAUGUAUUGCAAGAGCGGUCAAUCGACCGAAGAAGAAAUGUACAACAACCAAGAAGCUGGGCCGGCGUUUGUCGAGUUCCUACAAAUGUUGGGCCAAACGGUCCGUUUAAAGGAUUUCGACAAAUACAAAGCCGGUUUAGACAAUCGAACAGAUUCCACGGGACUCUAUUCCGUGUACACUACGUACCAAGGAUGCGAAAUAAUGUUCCACGUCUCAACCAUGCUGCCAUACACGUCGAAUAACAGGCAACAGUUGUUGAGAAAACGGCAUAUAGGCAACGAUAUAGUAACAAUUGUCUUCCAAGAACCCGGUGCGGCACCGUUCACACCGCGACACAUACGAUCUCAAUUUCAACACGUUUUUGUUGUUGUUCGAGUCAUAGACCCGUGUACUGAGAACACUCAUUAUAGCAUAGCUGUAAGUCGUGCGAAAGAAGUGCCUUUAUUUGGACCGCCUAUUAAGGAUGGCGCGGUCUACCCGAAGGGUGAUGCGUUUACUGAUCUAUUACUGAGUAAGAUAAUAAACGGUGAGAAUGCAGCCAUACAAUCGCCGAAGUUUAGUACAAUGGCGACGCGAACGCGACAAGAGUACCUUAAAGAUUUAGCUAAGAAUUAUGUCACUGCCACCACAGUCGAAACUGGACAGAAAUUUUCUUUAUUUUCUUCACUUCUAAUGAAAAGCAACAAUUCUAGUAGCAAUAGUACAGUUAUACCGAAAACUGAUGACUGUACCAAUGACGUAUUAGUGGGAGGGGCUUUGUGCUUUCAUGUCCAAGUACAAGACGAAGGAGCUGGCGGUUCAUCAGUUGAUUGUAUUCUAGGCAUCUCCGCUGACUCUCUAGUCUUUGUUGAAGAUCUCUCACGUCAAAUUGUACUUGCAGUACCGACGAAUACAUUACUAGGUUGGGUUAUAAGUGGCGAAUGGACGCGUAUAUACUACCAUCGUGGUGAGAGCGUACGCGUACGUAACAGUACGGACGUGUUGCUGCGGCGUCUGAGUAGCGUCGCGCCCCAACACGCGCAUUCGCUCAAAGAAAUUACCUUAGAACGGGGUGCUGCUUCGCAACUCGGUUUCCACGUGCAACCAGACGGCCUAGUAACAGCUGUGGAAGGCGGUGGCCCAGCUGCAAGAGCUGGAGUGAGACGAGGUGCCAGACUACUGGAAGUGUGCCGUGCUGCAGUCGUCGCAUUACCCCACGACCACUUGGUAGACCUACUUAAGACAUCGGAUCCUGUUACUGUGACGUUAACGUUCGCGUCCAGCGGGCGAUGUGAGUGUCAGACUUACGCGGGUGAAGCGUGGGCGCAGCAGCCGGGACGACGACGCCUCACCCACGACCGGCCAGCUUCGCCUCCACGCUCUGACAGCUCCGGAUAUGGCACGGGUGGUUCAGGUCGUAGUGCAGCAUCUCCAGGUGGAGAGGCUGUUCGCAGACGAUCGCAUGAUGACGCAUCACCAAGGCAUCCACGGCGACCGCGUCUCUCUGCUAAUACAUCGUCUCUCACGGAGGAGCUAAUGCGACUUAUGGACGCGGAACUGGGGGACGCAAAAAAUACCGCAUUGGAAAGAAUCGCUUCCAGCGCUGAUAGAGUUGGAUCAAGUGCUGAUAGAGUUGGGUCAAGUGUUGAUAGGGUGGGUUCAAGCGCUGAUAGAGUUGGAUCCAGUGCUGAUAGAGUUGGAUCGAGUGCCGAAAGAGUUGGAUCAAGCACUGAUAGAGUUGUAUCAAACGCUGAAAGGGUUGGCUCUAGUGGAACAAAUGCGCCCACUCCUCAAGGAGCACCUUUACCGUUGCCCGACGCUUCGGCACUUGACUGGGCUGCACUCGUCCACACUGCGACGCGCGCUAUGUUGCAGACAAGUGAAAGAACAACGCCUGCUGCGCCAAAUACGAGCACAAUUACGAGUACGGACUCAAGCGCGUGCGCAUGCGGACUCAAAGAGCGCGUCGCAGCACUAGAGGCCGACGCCGUCUGCGCACAGAGACAUCAGCAUCAGCUGGAGGAAGAGGUACGUCGUCUAAGACGGCAUAACGCGCGCUUAAGAGAGGAAUCAGCCCGAGCUGUAUGGCAGUUGAGGCAUUUUACGCAGUGGCUCAAACGGACAGUCGACAAAUAG